ACUUUAUAAAUAAGUAUAAGUAUACUCUCACCUCCGAUUUGGUCUUUGGUUUCUAGUAAGCUGCAAUUUCUGUUAACUUGGCAGUUUGGGGGCACACCUGCCCAUUGCCCAAACAGAUGCUCAAAUACACUAUUUCCAGUCUUGCCUAUCUUAAGGAAUUUGGACAGCCCUUAAAUUCUGUAUCCUUGGCCGUCAGUAAAUAAUUUGCUUUGCAGAAAGUUGUCAAUCCAUUUAAAAAGUGUUAUCAAUUUGACUUAUUUGCUCUGUUUUUUCAAUACAAGAAGAUUUUGUAAUGAAAGUAGCAGCAUUGGCGGCAAAGUACAGUGCUUAGCAUUACCACCUCACAGCUCUGGUCUCCCCACAUGCCCUGUCAUGGACUGAAGUCUCAUCCAAGGUACUUCUGAAAAUUCAUAGAAAACAACUACUGUAACUUAUUGUUGACACAGAUGAUGCAGAUAAAAUAAAAUCUGUGAUUUGGGAUCAGCACAGAUGGAGACAAAGCAGCAAAAAGAUUUUCUUGCAUUUCUGAAAACGCUGGGACUUAAAAAAUACUUCCCAAAUAAGCUGACUCUGAAGUCUUUGCUGGAGAUCAACAGUGCCAGUUUAUCUGAUAAAGACGUUCAGUCACUGCACGAGAUACCGGAGGCUUUCCUUCGCAAGCUGCUAAUGGUUAAUUCAGAUUCUCGAACUGUAAUUUGUGCACCUGAUGAAAAUAAGGAAACAAACGAUUUGUUUGCUGAGCAGAGCUGUGAUUCUACCCCAAAUCUCCUUGAUGUACACGCUGCACUCUUUGCCUGUGCUGACAGUUUCCUCCAGCAAGAAAUGGCACUAAAAAUGUCAAUGUGCCAGUUUGCAGUGCCGUUUGUGUUACCUCAAGGAGGUCAUAAUCAAUGCACUCUGAUGUUAUGGGCUCUUAGAGGUAUCCUGAAAGAAUGGCGUCCCCACUCAAUGACAGAAUCUAAAGGGUUUGUUGAAGACAGUGUUGUUCAUGCAAAAAUUCCUAUGAUAUCAUUUGUAAGCCUAAGCAACUGCAGUUUGACCAAAUCAAAGGUGUUGAACCAAGUGUUAAAAAAUUCACAGCAGCACCAGGAUUUUUUUUGUUAUCAAGAAAUGAUCGGAGGAUCUGCUCCAAGAGUCAUCUCUAAUGGCAUGGUUGAAAUAUGCUGGAGUCUUCCAUGUGGAAACAAAACCAUUGAUGUCUUUCCUGAGCCAGUGGUUUUUGCUAAUUUAAGAGGAGAUGUUUGCACAUUCGAAACCCAAUUCAGUUUCCUUUAUCAGGUGUCAACAGCUGUCUUUGUGUUCCUAGACAGUGUUGAUGAAAAUGAACAAAUGUUGUUUGCCUCUUUACAAGAAAUGAAGUCCAAAUGCUUUCUUGUGGUCAACACUCCAGGAAAUAUGAGUGAGAAAAUAAAGUUAUCAAUUAAAGCAGCAGUUGAUACUCUGCAACUGGAAAGAGAUCACGUCAUUCAGAAAAGCAAAACCACAAAUUUUGCUACAUUUUCAAAGAUGAUCAGUUCUUCCAUUACAAAAGUGCUGGGUGAACAUCACAGGGCAUGUGAAAUCGAGGCUAUGAAGACAGUUGCUCAGAACUUAGGCCUUAGAAUUGAUGAAAAUGAUAGCACAGCCUGUGUGUCAGCAAACAAAACAGCAGAGGAAAUCAUGAAAUGCAUUGGAGUUCGUCCCAUAGUGGAAUAUAAAAAGUCACAGCUGCCACUGCAAGGUGAAAACUGGAAAAGACUGGCUCAGAUAGAAAAAGAGCAAUGUCGAUUACAACAUUCAGGGGUGUUGAGUUUGGAGGUGUAUAAGGCCCAACUUCAAAAUGAAAAAGAAGAAAUUAGAGAAAAACAAAGCAACCAUAAGAUUACAAAAACAAUGGACAUCUUAAUGAAGGCAUUGUCAACCUCAGAUGAUAUCGAGCGAGCAUUUUUUCUCAGAUGGCUGGGACUAAAGCUGGACAUGCGAUCACGAAAACACAUGACAGACCUUCGGCACAAAUACAGAGAGUGUGAACAAAAGAAAGACAGAGAUGCUGUAGGCCAAUUAGACCAGGAGCUGAUCGACUCUUCACUUGGCAUCGAGCAUUACCUGAGAGAGCUGGGACAAAUCUAUGAGGCUGCUUCAUUUGUUUCACACAAAAUAACUUAUAAAAUAAGCAAUCUUCCUACUCUGGCUGCCAAACUGCUUCUGGCUGGAUUUCCUCUUGAAAUACUUGAUGGAGAUGCAUCAAAUAUCCCAGAGAAAUGGGUGAUUGAUGUUCUCAUGGAGCUUCACAAGAUGGUUAAGGAAAGGAGCCGUUUGCUGGUUAUAACUGUGUUAGGGGUUCAGAGUUCUGGUAAAUCAACACUGCUCAACACCAUGUUUGGAGUCCAGUUUGCAGUAGGUAGUGGAAGAUGCACACGUGGAGCAUACAUGAUUCUCCUACCUGUGGGUGAAGACUUGAAGGAAGAGUUACUUUGUGACUUUGUCCUUCUGAUUGAUACAGAGGGUUUGAAAUCACCAGCACUGGCACAAUUGGAAGACAGUUAUGAUCAUGACAACGAAUUAGCUACCUUUGUGAUUGGUCUUAGCGACGUAACCAUCAUAAAUGUGGCAAUGGAAAAUUCCACAGAGAUGAAGGAUGUCUUACAGAUAGCAGUUCAUGCUUUUUUACGGAUGAAGGAAAUUGGUAAAAAAACAGUCUGCCACUUUGUUCAUCAAAAUGUUGCUGGUGUAUCAGCACAUGAGAAAAACAUGACAGACAGACAAAAGCUUCUGGACCAGUUAAAUGAGAUGACACUGAUUGCAGCUGAGAUGGAAAAGAAGCCUCAUGUGAAGAACUUCACUAAUGUUAUUGAUUAUGAUGUAGAAAAGAAUAACUGGUAUAUACCAGGCCUAUGGCAUGGCACACCACCAAUGGCACCAGUUAAUACAGGCUACAGUGUUGCUGUUCUUGAUUUUAAGAAAAAACUCUUGGAGAUGCUUAAAGCAAGAAAAGGUGAACAACUCUUUCAGAUCCCAGAGUUCCUGCAGUGGAUGAGUAGCUUAUGGAAGGCAGUGAAGUUUGAGAAUUUCAUCUUCAGUUUCAGAAACACUCUUGUGGCCCAUGCCUAUGACAAUCUUUGCCAAGAGUUUUCAGACUGGGAAUGGUCUUUCAGAAGACAUAUUUUGUUGUUGAUUUCUAAAGCAGAGGUUCAACUGUCUAACACUGAAAUAAGCAGUAUUCAUGGGGUUGUUGAUGCACUUAACAAAAAAACCGAAAAAGAGCUCAUGAUUCAAUCAGAAGAAAUGACAAAGAAAUUGAAAGAAUACUACAAAAGGAAAGACCGUAAUGUGCAUUUGGUGGAAAAAUACAAAACUGAUUUUAUCAAAAGCAUUAAAUCUCUGGAGACUGAAAUGAAGAAUGAAGUGAAAAAACGAUUAGAUCUGGCUAUUGAGAUGAAGAAAAACACUGCAAAAUUAGAGGAGAUACACAGUAAGCAAGCUGCAAUGGUCGAAUCCCAAGUUCUGCAAUUACUUCAGAAGUACAAAGCUCGCAAUGAUGAAGUGUCUGACGAGGAUCUCAAAGCCGAUUUUGAAAGAAUGUGGAGAAGAGAGAUUGCAAACUUCACUGGCCUAAAAGAACGGGAUGUUCCCGCUGAUGUUUUUAAGCAAUUGCGAGCAAGCCUAGGAAAUCGCCAAGUCAACGAGGAUUUCCAGAAUGUUACAAAUUUGACACAAUGUGGGAAAGACGAUUUCAAAGUCAGGUCAAAACAUAUAAAUACGGGAAAAGGUUUGCAGGCUGUAAAGGAUUUAUUUACAAAAAAAUCUACAAAGCAUGCUCUACAGAUUAUUGCAGAUGAUGCCAUUAAGAGUUGUAGGAGGAUGAUUGAACAGUGUUCACAUUUAAAAAGUGAUUACCAAGAUACCUUUACAAAAGAUGUCCUUGAUGAAAUUGAUGCAAACCUCAAAAAAGGAAAUAAAUACAAUAUUACAUUUGAAAUUGAGCUUAAAUUGCACAUUUGUGGCAUUGCCUCUCGGACAUUCCUUGAGAUGCACAGGAAGUAUCUUUCUGAGCAAGAUCCUGUCAAGCAUUUACAGAAACUUAAGAAUCAAUAUCUCUCUAAUUUUAUUGAUUUGUACAGAGAGAGGGAUCAGUGCCAAAAGAAAGCACAAAACUUUACUCAGCUCUGUCUCAAACCAGCAGUGACUGAGUACAUCGACCAGUCCAUCGGACCUGACAUUGUUGAUGCAGUUUUGGAGAAUAAAUCUACUGCGUACAGUACACGAUCUCUAUUUCAGUACACCAUUCAGAAGGAACUGCUGGAAAAAUCAAAUUUCAGUGAAUUUACAGAGUACAUUUUACAUUAUAAGAAUUAUGUGAAAGACUGGAUAUACAAUCACAUUGUUAGAUGCUUUUCCAAAGACUUAUCUCUGCAAAAAUUAAAAAUGAAGAAGCUGGAAAUCAUAAUAAAAAAGAUCACUGAAUCAGUGGAAACUUGUAAGCUUGAAGCCAGUGGCUCUCCUUUGCCUAAUGAUGCAGAAGGUACCACAAAAUUGAUUCGAAAGCUUUGCAAAACUAUGAGGGAUGUUAUUUCAAUACCCAUGAGCACAGUGGACAGUGUCCUGUUUCAGAACACAAGUUGUUGCGAUCCAUUCACCAAAAGUCUUUGUGAAUGUAUCGAUGACCUGAAACAGCAAAUAUCAAAGGAGAUCUCAGAGUCAACUGAUAUCAAAGAGACACUGAAAAAGGUGUCAAUAAAACCCCAGGAUGAGCUUUUCAAGAGGGUGUUUGGAUGUGGAGUGCAGUGUCCAUUUUGCAAAACACCAUGUGAGGCAGGAGGAAAGGAACAUCAGCUACACCAUGCAGCUGUGCACAGACCACAAGGCAUUGGAAGGUACAGAUGUAUGAAGACUCAUAUCCUUUGUGAAGAGAUCUGUACAUCUAGUGUUCAUGGCAAUGGAACAUUUCUAAAUCAGGACACAAAUUUCCAACCUCAUCCCUACAAAGACUACCAGAAAUAUUACCCAGACUGGCAUAUUGCACCUGACAUGUCAAUAGAAGCCUCUGAUUACUGGAAAUAUGUGCUGGUGACAUUCAAUAAGGAUUUUGCUGAAAGUUAUAAAGCAUUGCCAGCUGUUUAUCCAGAUGUGUGGAAUCAAAUCACUAAAGAUCAGGCUUUUAAUAGUCUGAAGCUCAUGUUUAAUAUUAAAUAAUGGUAAACUGGCAAAAUUUCACUGCAAACAUAUUGAAAUUUGUGAAGAAGACAAACUCCAUCACUCACAGUUCUAUCACUCAUGUUAUUGCUCAGGUGAAGCAGAAACUGGAGCAAUAGUUAUGCCUGAAUCAAUGUUAUUAGAAUUAUGAUAUUGGGGGAUUUAAAUGGUUUCUAAUAAACACUAUAUUUGUAUGCCUUAUGAUUUUUUUAAUGGUUUUAAAUGGUUGGAUUAUUUAGAUGGUUGGCUUAUUUAGAUGGUUGGAUUAUUUCUUUGACUGAUUCAAAUGUUUACUUUGUUAUACUGUACAUGUUGCAGUUAUAGUUAGUAAUUAUUGUCUGAAAUUUAGUUGAAUGCAUUAUUAUUGUAUGAACAUACUGUAUGAACAUAGGAGUAUGUUAAUGAUAAAUUGUGAUUUAUAUAUAAACUUAUAUAAUAAAUGAAUCAUUUUUGGUUUUCA